AUGAAGGACGCAGCAUCAUCAGGGCUGACAUCAACUCAAAAGCCACCAGGGAACGCGGUCCUCACCGUAGCCAAUGCUGGCCCUUCCUCCUCCGCAAACCCGGCCCCUUUCAAUCCCCUCAACUUACGGCCUAUCGCAACUCACGCCACCUCCUGGCGGCCCAGCAGUACGCGGGUGGCCCUCAACCUGACCCUGGACGCCUGCAUCGUGCCGGAUUCCACCGGUGCCGCGCGGGUAGAUAAGGCCCACCUGGUCGUGCUGGACGAUUUCAUUGACGAGCCGGAGCGGAAGGAGCUGCUGGAGUUCAUAACCCAGCCAGACUGGGACCCCAAGAUGCCCCCCCCCGGAGACAAGUGGGAGCGAGCCACUCGGGACAGGGCUGAUGCGGACCCCACCUGGGGGCUACGAGGCGAGUGGCUGCGGCACCUGGCCGCCACCGCCCUAGCCGCAAGAGUGGAGGUGCAGAGCCGCCUGCAGCUGCUGUACCCAGACUACCUCAUUGCCCACAUGCCCUCGGACGAGAUCCAGAACCAAUGCACUUCCCAGGUUCAAAUCCAAAACCAAAACCAGGAUUUGAUCCAGAUCCAGACCUCGGGCAAGUGCAAGGGAGUGCGGCAGCAUGACGGGGGGAAUUUGGGAGAAGAGCAGUUAGGCGUGGAAGACGGGGCGGCGGCAGCAGGCGACGGGGACAUGGUCAUGGCGGCUGGGAGGGGGGCGGACGCUGGGGAGGAGGCGGCGGACGAUUCAGCGCCUCCCGGGCUCAGCGUGGAUUGCAACCACCCCCUGGGGGAUUGGGAGAUGUCGCUGCAGGUUCGUGGCAAAUGCCGCAGUGUACGGCGACACGUAUUCAUGGCAUGUGGACGCGGAUCCGUCAACAUUGCCGUACCCGUCCCCAUGGACACUGGCGUACGGGCAGAGCCCGGUCGGCCGCUGUUCCUGAGUCUGCUGCUGUACCUCAACCGCAGCUGGGAGCGCGAGUGGGGCGCGGAGACCUUGUUCCUUGACACACCCAGUGACUGCGGAGUGGUGGUGAGACCCAAGGCCUACCGGGCCGUGUUGCUUGAUCAGGACAUCCUGCACCGCCUGAGUCCCCCCUCCCGGGCCGCACUGGGCCGACCCCGGUACUCCCUGGUGUGGAAGCUGGUGAUGCUGCCCAGGAGACAGGGGCAGCAGGUGACACUGGCGCGGAAGGCAUGGGGUCGACCGACACCCUUUGGCUCGGCAGUGGCGCUGGAGAGGGUGGUGUCGGGGCUUGCGGCAGCAAAGGCGGCGGAGAAGGCGGGGUCGGGGACUGCGGUUGGGGAGACGGCUGUAGCGGGGGGAACGGCGGCUGUGGCGACGGAGGCGGCGGGUACGGUGGUGGCGAAGGCGGCGGACGUGCCGCUGGUGGCGGAGCGGAAGAAACGGAAGAAGCGAAAGAAAAACACAAAGAAGCGGCGGCGCAAUAACGCGGGACGGAAAGCUCAGAGGAAGAGAAAGAAGGCGGUCGCUGUUGCGCAGGAAGCGACUGUGGAUGGAGAUUUAGGUGGUGGGGGUACUGUUGGUGGGGGUGGGGGUGGGGGUGGGGGGGGUACUGUUGGUGGGGGUGGGGGUGGUGGGGGUGUUUUAGGGGGCCCUGAUCCCGCGGCGGAGGUCCUGGCCAUGUACGACGAUGUUGAUGUGUUCGAUGCCGAGGGGGACGAGUCUGAUUACGGUGUGGAUGUGGACGAUGACCCGGAUGCAAUGGAGUACGUGGAGGGGGGGUUGCAGUGCGGCACCUUGGCGACGGCCGGUGCAGGGGUGGCGGCGGCACCUAGGACCGGGGAGGGCCAGGAGCAGGUGCAGGCGGGGGAGCACAGCGGGGGAGGGGCAGGGGGGCAGCCGCAGCCGCAGCCGCAGCCGCAGCCUCAGCCUCAGCCGGCUGACCCGGCGGCGGCCACCAGGGCGGUGGCGCCGGAGAACCGGAAGAACAAGUACAAGAAGGGGUCCUCCCAGAGGCGGAGGGCGAAAAAGGCGAAGGCGUUGGCCGCGGCCUCGGCCGCCACCAGCACGGAUACAGCUGCGCUGGCUGCGGCCGCUGCCGUUGCAGCGGCUCCGUUGGCGGCUGCCGGGGGGCCCAAAUGA